GGCCGCUUUCUCUGCGAGGACCCCUCAGAGAGGCGCCAUUUUAGAGUUCCUGACGCGGCGCUGAGAUUCCCCGGUGCUGAAUUAGGAGCCGCCGCCUUCGCCUUCUCCUUUCUCUCUCUUCUCCUUUCGGCUCGCCCGCAGCCAUGAGCGUGGUGGAUCAUGUGCGGGAGAUGGCGGCCGCGGGGCUCCACUCCAAUGUGCGGCUCCUCAGCGGGCUUUUGCUGACCAUGAGCGGCAACAACCCUGAAUUAUUUUCUCCGUCGCAGAAGUAUCAGCUUCUGGUGUAUCAUGCAGAUUCUCUCUUCCAUGACAAGGAAUAUAGAAAUGCUGUCAGCAAGUAUACGGUGGCUUUGCAGCAGAAGAAAGCACUGAGCAAAACUUCAAAAGUGAGGCCCUCUACUGGGAACGCUGCAUCUACUCCUCAGAGCCAGUGCCUGCCUUCUGAAAUUGAAGUUAAAUACAAAAUGGCAGAGUGCUAUACAAUGCUAAAGCAAGACAAAGAUGCUAUCGCUAUACUUGAUGGAAUCCCGUCAAGGCAGAGAACCCCAAAGAUUAACAUGAUGCUGGCAAACUUGUACAAGAAGGCAGGUCAGGAACGCUCCUCUGUGACGAGUUACAAAGAAGUGCUGAGGCAGUGCCCACUAGCCCUUGAUGCCAUCCUAGGCUUGCUCUCGCUCUCAGUGAAAGGUGCAGAGGUAGCUUCCAUGACGAUGAAUGUGAUCCAGAGCAUCCCAAACUUGGACUGGCUUUCAGUGUGGAUCAAAGCAUAUGCAUUUGUGCACACGGGUGAUAACACCAGAGCAAUCAAUACCAUCUGCUCACUGGAGAAAAAGUCAUUACUGAGGGACAAUGUGGAUAUACUAGGAAGCUUAGCAGAUCUUUAUUUCAGAGCUGGUGACAGUAAGAAUGCAAUUCUAAAAUUUGAACAGGCGCAAAUGUUGGAUCCAUAUUUGAUAAAAGGAAUGGAUGUAUAUGGCUAUUUGUUGGCCCGUGAAGGUCGCUUGGAGGAUGUGGAGAAUCUCGGCUGUCGGCUCUUCAAUAUUUCUGAUCAGCACGCAGAGCCAUGGGUGGUCUCAGGGUGUCAUAGUUUCUACAGCAAGCGCUAUUCUCGUGCCCUGUACUUAGGAGCCAAAGCCAUUCAGCUGAACAGCAAUAGUGUGCAGGCUUUGCUGCUGAAAGGUGCCGCUCUUCGGAAUAUGGGGAGAGUUCAGGAGGCCAUCAUACACUUUCGUGAAGCGAUACGCCUUGCACCAUGUAGGUUGGACUGCUAUGAAGGCCUCAUUGACUGCUACUUAGCGUCCAACGGUCUCCGUGAAGCCACAGUGAUGGCAAAUAACGUCUACAAAACCUUGGGAGCCAAUGCACAGACACUCACUCUCUUGGCGACUGUUUGUCUGGAAGAUCCCGUUGCGCAGGAAAAAGCAAAGACGUUGCUGGACAAAGCGUUGACACAGCGCCCUGAUUACAUCAAAGCAGUGGUAAAGAAGGCAGAGCUUCUCAGCCGAGAACAGAAAUAUGAAGAUGGAAUAGCUUUACUGAGGAAUGCCCUGGCCAACCAGAGUGACUGCACUCUGCAUCGCAUGUUAGCAGACUUCCUUGUAGCUGUGAAUGAGUAUCAGGAAGCCAUGGAUCAGUACAGUAUUGCUCUAAGUUUGGAUCCCAAUGAUCAGAAAUCACUGGAGGGAAUGCAGAAAAUGGAAAAAGAGGAAAGCCCCACCGAUGCUACCCAGGAAGAGGAUGUGGAUGACAUGGAAGGGAGCGGAGAGGAAGGCGAUCUAGAAGGCAGUGACAGCGAGGCGGCCCAGUGGGCUGAUCAGGAGCAGUGGUUUGGCAUGCAGUGAAAUUGACUCCCCGAGCUGACCUGGGAUUGUAGCCCUUGAUGAGUCCCUGCUUCUCCCUGGAAUGAAAAAUGUCAUGGAGGGCUGUGGCUGCUGCUGCUGCUGCUGCUGCAAAAACUAGACUGAAGCAUGAGUCAAAGCGGCCUCUCCUGUUUCUGUGUUAUGUUCCCAACGCUCCUUAUUUAAUAACGCUGAGAAAUUUCAGUAGUUUGGUGCUUGGGAGGCAUCUGUGCCAAACAGCGAUUUUGAGUUCUUAUUUCUAAAAUUAGAAGCUUUCAAAGAAUAAAAAGUGUUUCUCCAGCA